GCAGAGCUCAGAAAAGACAGCAGCAGGCUAGAGAGGCAGGCAGGCGGGCAGGCGGCGGCGGCCAAGGGUGGCAGUACGACCCUCUUUUGAGGGGAGGGGGGGUCCGAUUCUAACAAAAAAUAUAAAUAUAUAUAUGACACACAUUUAUAUAUAUAUAUGCAUGCCCAGGCCGGUCCUAUGCCGAUCCUAGGUAUUUUAGUAAGCAUUAGUAACCAUCGAGCUCUAUAUCUACACACUUGAAAAUGCCUAUUUUACUUUUCCUGAUAGACACGUCCGCCUCUAUGAAUCAGCGCACUUAUUUGGGUACGACGUAUCUGGACAUUGCUAAAGGCGCGGUUGAGAUCUUUAUGAAGCUGCGUGCCCGAGACCCGGCUAGUAGAGGCGACAGGUACAUGCUAGUUACAUUUGAUGAUCCACCAUACGGAGUAAAGGCUGGCUGGAAAGAGAACCAUGCCACAUUCAUGAGUGAGCUGAAGAACCUGCAGGCAUCUGGACUGACCACUCUGGGAAAUGCUCUCCGGGCAGCCUUUGACCUGCUCAACCUCAACAGGCUGGUCUCCGGCAUAGACAACUAUGGCCAGGGUCGGAACCCCUUUUUCCUGGAGCCGUCAGUCAUCAUCACCAUAACUGACGGGAACAAGCUAACUCACAGCUCUGGAGUGCCGGACGAGCUCCACCUCCCGCUCAACUCUCCUCUGCCCGGCAGUGAGCUGACCAAGGAGCCCUUCCGCUGGGACCAGCGGCUCUUCGCUCUGGUGCUGAGGCUGCCUGGGGCCGCCGUGCCCGACAGUGACCAGCUUGGCAGCGUGCCCAGCGACGAGUCCGCCAUCACCCAGAUGUGCGAGGUCACAGGAGGUCGAUCGUAUUGUGUUAGAACACAACGGAUGCUGAACCAGUGUCUGGAGUCUCUGGUCCAGAAGGUUCUGAGUGGAGUUGUGAUUAAUUUUGAGAAGACUGGUCCAGAUCCACCUCCUGUAGGUGAAGAUGGUGUGGUGGAUCCAGCGCGGCCUCUGACGUCCUUUAGCCCUCAGCCCUGGCACAGCUGCCACAAGCUCAUCUACGUGCGGCCGAACCCUAAAACUGGCGUCCCUGUGGGCCACUGGCCAAUCCCAGAGUCCUUCUGGCCUGACCAGAACUCGCCCACUCUGCCUCCUCGCUCGUCCCACCCGGUGGUGCGCUUCUCCUGUGUCGACUGUGAGCCCAUGGUGAUAGACAAGCUGCCCUUCGAUAAAUACGAGCUGGAGCCCUCACCUCUCACCCAGUACAUCCUGGAGAGGAAAUCACCUCACAUGUGCUGGCAGGUGUUUGUGAACAGCAGCGGCAAACACAGCGACGCGGCCCAGCCGUUCGGCUACCUGAAAGCCAGCACCACACUCACCUGCGUCAACCUGUUCGUCAUGCCUUACAACUACCCCGUCCUGCUGCCACUGCUUGAUGACUUGUUUAAAGUGCACAAGCUGAAGCCAAACCUCAAGUGGAGACAGGCGUUUGAGAUCUAUCUGAAAUCGAUGCCUCCGUAUUUUCUGCUGCCCUUAAAGAAAGCACUGAGGAUGAUGGGAGCACCAAAUCUCAUCUCCGACAACAUGGACUGUGGCCUGAGCUACAGCGUCAUCUCCUACCUGAAGAAACUCAGCCAGCAGGCUAAAAUAGAGUCAGACCGGAUGAUCGUGUCAGUAGGUAAGAAGCCCCCGCAGGAGACGGGCAUUAAGGUGAAGAAUCACUCCAGCACUCUGUCCCUGGCUCACCGGCGCGACUUCAAACAGCUACUGCAGGGCAUCACGGGCGAGGUGCCCCUCCGACUCAAUGACGUCAACUUCAAAGAGUUUGCCGGCUUCCAGAUCGCUCUUCUCAACAAGGAAGUAAAGCCCCAGGCUUAUCGGAACGCCUACGAUAUUCCACGGCGAAAUCUUCUGGAUCAGGUCACGCGGAUGCGCUCUAACCUUUUGAGGACCACUCAGAAGCUCAUCAGAGGCCAAGAUGAAGACUACCUGCACAGUAUUCCUGUGGGUCAGAUGGGAAACUAUCAGGAGUAUCUGAAGAUGAUGCCGUCUCCCCUGCGUGAAAUCGACCCUGACCAGCCCAAACGCCUGCACACAUUUGGCAACCCAUUCAAACAGGACAAGAAGGGAAUGAUGAUCGAUGAGGCAGACGAGUUUGUAACAGGCCCUCAGAACAAGAAAAGGGGAAACGCUGGGGAACCAAACUCGGGAGCAGCUCCGAAGAGGCGGAGGAGCAUGUCCCCUUUACUGCGGCGGCCCCAGACUCCGCCCAUCAUCACCAACCACGUCCUGGGCAAAGGGCCCACAGCGGCAUCGGGCCAACAGGGCCUCAUUAAACCCAUCCCACUGCACAAAGGAGUGGAGGGGAACAGCGUGGCAGGAAGCACAGAAAGCAAUGGCGAGAGGGUGUUGAUUGGAGAGGCUGGAGAUGGCUGGCCUGGAGGAGAGGAUGGAGUUGGUGGAGCUACCACUGCCCUCACCCUGGAAGAAGAGGGAGGAGAGGUUCUCACUGACGGUGCAGAGGACAAGACACCCCUGGAGAACAGGCUGGAUGAAGACUGUGAGGAUGAGCGGCCCUCUGAACAGAACUGUGAGGGUCUGAGUCCUCCAGAUGAAGAAGCAGAUAUAGAGAUGAGCAGGGAAGAAGACUCCUCGACACGGGCCACUAUCAUCAUGGUUCCCCUGGAGGGAAGCAAUGCGGAGCUACGCACGAGAAUCGUCAAAGAGGUCCGGAAACCUGGCCGCAAUUAUAAGGCAAUAUUCAGGCUCCUAGAUGAGGUGAAGGGGCCAGUGGAGGUGCAGAGGUACUUCAUCCAUCACGCCAUCAAAGAAGCCGCCAGAUUUAAGAAGCGUGUACUCAUCCAGCAGUUGGAGUCUGCACUGGAGGACAUUGAGGACAGGCAGAUGCUGCCAGCACAAGUGAACAAUGUCCACGGCAGAUAGUGAACUGUCCUCCUCGCUCACUGGUGUAGGUGACGAUCAGAGAAUACGGACGACUGGGCGAAGCAGAGUCUGGCUCCAUUCUACGGAUGACACGCAUCGGACAGUUCUUGCUUUUUAUAAAGGUUACAGAUCUGACCAUCGUCCCUGAUCAUUUUAGCACAUCGGGCAGUCCAUGAAUAAUAUGCACUCUCCAGCAACGGCAAGGUCACCGUGUCCUGAGAGGAUAGCAGAGGAGCAAGGCCAUAUGAAGCAAUUAUGUCUGUACGUCUGUAGCUGUCUGUCCAAUGUUGUAGACAUCAGUAUGUAGUUAUGAGUAGAGGAGAGCUUGAGCGGUCUUCGGUGGGUGUGUAACGUGUUUGUAAGGAAACACCUGCAGAUCGUUAGGUCAGAGAACAGGACAGAACACUCCAAACCAGCUUGGAUCGGCCCCCGUCCUGCUGUAGACCACUGUAGACCACUUAUCCAAGAGCAAUAAUCCUGAUCCUGGUCUGGUUUCACAUUUAUUAUCAAUUACUCAAGAGGUCUCAAUACAAGCUGAUGCCCAUACAAGCCGGGGUCCAUGUUUUCACCACCAUUUUGACCUGGGUGCGUUGGUUUAUGACCUCCACAGCUGGUUUGUUUCUGUGUAAAUGGUGACACGCAAUGGCAAACAACACACAACAAACCACACAAACAACCAGACCAGUUGAUUUGCCAUUCAGAGCCAAAUCAAUCGGGCAACAUACAGCAUAUCUUUAAAGCAAUAGGUUCAAAUAAUAGGUUCAAUCCAGUGGACACUGGGAAGCGUUGGUCCAGCCAGUUGUUGCAACAAAGCGCGCUCUGCCAGCUGGCCCUUCACUCGGCCCCCACAACGUCACUUUUAUUCAGACCAUGAGACACAGUCAGUACAGUAGUUGUUCUGAAGGUCUACUGCACCCUCUCAAAACGAGCACCUGUUCCUCACUGGGAGCACACGACUGUCAUCAGCUUCUUUUCACAUGCAAAAGCUACCUUAGUGACCACAUUGUUGUUCAUUUUGUUUAUUUUUAAAAAGCAGAUGUAUACAACUUUUUGAUGUUCAUAAAUAAUAUAGAUUAUUUUUGGAUGGUAUUCUUACCAGAAAAUGAGAAUAUUUUAAGAAUUGUAUAAAACAUUUUUUUAACUUUGUUAUUAUAUAUGAAAUGGAAAGUUUUAUGAUUUUUUUUAUGAAAAACAGUGAAAAUGAAAUAAACAACAUAAACAAAAUAAGCA